GCCGGGACUGCUCAUGUGACCCAGCCCCUAGCUGCUCAGAGGGAUGGAGCCGGAAGAAGGGACGCCCUUGUGGCGGCUGCAGAAGCUUCCUGCAGAGCUGGGCCUGCAGCUUCUUCACAAAAUAAUUGAUGGCAUUUGUGGCCAAACUUAUCCUCUCUACCAGGAUUAUCACAGUGUUUGGGAUUCAACAGAAUGGAUGCAUGUUCUAGAAGACAUUACCAACUUUUUCAAAACUGUAGUUGGUAAAAAUUUAUCCGAUGAAGAGGCGUCUCAGCAGUUGAAUCAGUUGAAUUCAUCUCAUCAAGAAGCUAUCAUGAAAUGCUUGAGAAGUAGGAAAGAUCAAAUCAAGCAGGCUCUCUUGGAAGAAAUAGUUGAUAUUUCCUCUGCACGGCUACAGGAUUUUGAUUGGCAGUUAAAGCUUGCACUUUCUAGUGACAAGAUUGCUACACUGCAAAUGCCACUUUUAAACCUUCAUCUAGAUGUAAGAGAAAAUGGUGAAGUCAAGCCGUAUUCUGUUGAAAUGAGUAAAGAAGAGCUGCAGAAUCUAAUAAAUUCCUUGGAAGCAGCUAAUAAGGUGGUCCUGCAGUUGAAAUAACUGGAAAUGAUGAAUAUACCAACCUUAUCAGAUUCCGUUGCUACAACUGAUACGGCAGAGUGAAUACCAUGUGUUCAGAAAACCUGCGCUAUAUUCUUAUGGCUCGCUGAGAAAGCAGCAGGGUUAAGAUUACAAAGACAACAAUUUAUCAGCUUCCCAAAAGGACAGGAAAUUAUAUGGUUGACAAGAAGUGCAUAAAAACAUGAAAGAUGAAAAGGCUGUAAUAGCAAUUUAUAUUUUCAUAAUGACUGUUUUGCUUCAUUUAGUAUAUAUUUGAGAAAUCUUUAUAGAUAUACAGUUUUAUUGAAAACUAAAUAUAGGCUCUAAAGUAAUGUAAACAUACAAGCACAAAUAUACUUGAAUAUUGCUUAAAGAACUGUGUGAAUAGCAAGGAUGUUUAUUAUGGAUAUAUAUGGUUAGUUUGUGAUAUUUUUAAAAAAAUAACUUUUAAAGAAUGUAUAAGCUGCAUCUGUAACUCAGGAGAUUCCAUGUUUUUCUCAUAUUUCAAAGGGAAGGUUAUAAAAUGUAAAAUUUCUUAGAGAAACGCUCCAGAUAUGAAAAAACACUAAAUCUUUGUGAACAAUUUUGAGUUUUGAAUUCUAGAAACUAAAUUCUCAUAUUAGAACAUAGAUUAAAAAUGAAAACACUGCAACUUCCGUUUUUCUGUGUCUGAUCAGGAGAGUAUGCUCUGAUAAAAAGAAUACGUGUCAUUGUGUAGUGUGUACAUUACUAUUCAAAUGUCAGUUAAAACUAUAUAUAGACCAUAUUUGUUGUAAACUCUUAAUUUGUUAUAAACACUUAAUGAACUUUUGAAUGUUAACAACUUCAUUGGAAAACAAACCAUUUUUAAUUUCAGUUACCUUCAAAAACAAGCAUUUGAGCAAAUAAAAAAUAUUAUUUUAUUUUUA